GUCUUUGUGACUCUAGGCCUAGCACUCUCUCCCGGGAUCAUAGAUAAAUCUGGAGCUGGAAUGUCCUUAGAAGCCAUUUAGGCUAAACUCAUUUUACAGAUGAGGACACUGAGGCCCGGGAAGGGAGAGAAGUGACCUGUCCAAGGUCAUACAAUUUGAAUUCAGUUUGUCUGAAUGUAUGUGCAUGAAGCUCCUUGAGGGAAGUGAAGGGCCCUUGUUUAUCUCAGGAUCUCCCAGGCCCAAGCCAGUGCCUGGCACGCCUUAGGUGCCUCCAAUCAGGAUUCUCCAAUCAGGGUUCUUCCUGAGAACCCGCCUUCCUUGUGGUAAAGAGUGCCAGCUCUUCCCUGACUGCCAGAGGGAGGGCCAGCUGCGAAAAAGGGGGUGGAGGGAUGGUGGAGGGCUCGGGGAUCCUUGAAGGCCCACACAGGAGCCCCCAGCCGCCAGAUGGAGACAGGAGAGAAGGUGGAGGUGCUGGGGAGAGUGGGACCCGGGGUCUGUGUCGUGGGCUACUCCGGACUCGUGGUCAGAAUUUAGCCAUACUGACUGCCCGUUCUCAGACCCCUCUGGAGUUGAAUGAGAGCAUGGAUGUCUCCGAAGCGCUGGAAUGAUUUCUCAUGUUCCUGGAAGCUCUGACAUCCACUGUUCUAGGGCCCUUCCCAGCCUGACCUUCCCUGUUCUAAAGCCCCUCUCAGCCCUGGCAUUCUCUGUUUUAAGGCCCCUCCCAGCUCUGACCUUCCCUGUUCUAGGCUCCUUCCCAGCUCUGACAUUCUCUGUUCUAAAGCCCUUCCCAGCCUUGGCAUUCUCUGUUUUAAGACCCCUCCCAGCACUGACCUUUUGUGUUCUAAGGUCUUCUAUGCUCUAAUAUUCUAUGUUCUAAGGACCUUUCUAACCCUAACAUUCUGUGUGUUUAGAAUAGGCUGUGUGCAGAUGGGAAGGGAGAGGAGAUUUUGACUCGCUCUCCAAGGACAAUGUCUAUGAAAACAACCGGCUGGCCUUCGAGGUGGCGGAGCGGGAGCUGGGCAUCCCGGCCCUGCUGGACCCCAACGACAUGGUCUCCAUGAGCGUGCCCGACUGCCUUAGCAUCAUGACCUAUGUGUCUCAGUAUUAUAACCACUUUACCAGCUCCAGCCAAGCCAGCGUCUCUCCACCCAGGAAAUACCCAGCAGCUCCUUCCUCUUCCUCCUCUGAAGCAGCUCCCAAUGCCGACGCUGAAGGUAGCAGGAUCCAGGAGGAGGAGGAGGGGGUGGCCCCUGAAAGCCUAGCGGAGCAGGGCUCCCGCGGCAUCCCCAGCAGCUCCUGUGCUGCGUGUCAGCAGCAUGUCCACUUGGUGCAGCGAUACCUGGUGGAGGGCAAGCUCUAUCACCGCCAGUGCUUCAGAUGUAAGGAGUGCUUCAGCACUCUGCUCCCUGGAGCCUACAAGAACGGGCCAGAGGCAGGCACGUUUGUGUGCACCCAGCACCGGGGCAAGCGGGGCCCCCUGGGCCAGACAGAGGGCAGGCCCAGAGCGGCCCCGCAGCGCCCAGAGGUGGCAGACAGGGCCGAGACAGCCGGCAUGGGGGAGGAUGGUGAAGACCCUGCUGCCUCCAGGAGGGACCCGGGGGAGCUGAAGCCCAUGGAGCCCCUGCCUCAGCCUCUGUCCAAACCCCCGCUCCCCAGUAAGCCGCAGGAGCUGGCUUCUCCACCGGCCGGCCGGCCGACUCCCGCCCCGAGGAAAGCCUCGGAGAUGUCCACCUCAUCUGCCAGCCCCCAGCCUGUCCCUCGACCCCGCUCCAGCGUGCAAGGGGAGAGCCCUGGGGAGCAGGGCGGCUGCCUGGUCAAUGGAAGGGUGCAUGAAUCCAGCCCCCCGGUGCCCAAACCAAGAGGGACACCCAAGGCCUCAGAUAGAGCUGCAGCCCCUAAGAAGAAGGACCCACCGUGGAUCGCCCUGGUGCAGGCGGAGCCCAAGAAGAAGCCAGCCCCUCUCCCACCCGGCAGCCGCCCAGAGACUCCCUCGCGGCCUGCAGAGGGAGAGGAGAGCCGAGGAGAGCCGAGGCCAGCCGCGCGAGAGCCCAAGCCCUACAACCCCUUUGAGGAUGACGAUGAGGUGGACGAAGCAGCAGCAGCCCCGCCUGCCCCAGCCCCUGCCGAGCAGACCCCCAAGAGUCUGCAUCCCUGGUACGGCAUCACCCCCACCAGCAGCCCCCGCACGAAGAAGCGGCCAGCUCCGCGAGCGCCCAGCGCCUCCCCCCUGGUUCUGCACCCUGGCGGCCUCCCCAUGCCUCGACUCUCACACUCAGAGCCACCCUCUUCGACCCCAUCGCCGGCCCUCAGUGUGGAGAGUCUCUCCUCGGAGGGCUCUGUUCCGGCCCCUGGCGAGCUGGAGCCCCCCGCGGUGCCCAAGAGCUCCUCCGAGCCCACCGUCCACGCCCCUGGGGCCCCCAACAGCCUCUCGGCCUCCUCUUCCCUCUCCUCCUCCGAAGACAUAACCCAGCCCUGCCUGGACCGGGCCCCCCCUAGCCCCUCCGCCAGCCACGCCAAGGGCACCCCGGGCCCGCAGCCCGCCCAGCCUUGCGUUGGGGCUGCCCCCACCCCGCUCCUGUUGGUCACAGAGAGGAGCCCUCCGUCCCCCCAGCAGCAGGUGAAGACCUCCUGCAAAGAGAACCCCUUCAAUCGGAAGGCGUCCCCCAUGUCCUCCCCAGCCACCAAGAAGACCCAGAAAGGAGCCAAGCCUGUGCGGCCACCUGCCCCUGGACACGGCUUCCCACUCAUCAGACGAAAGGUCCAAGCUGACCAGUACAUCCCAGAGGAGGAUCUCCAUGGGGAGAUGGACAUCAUUGAGCGGCAGCUGGACCAUCUGGAGCAUCGCGGGGUGGCCCUGGAGGAGAAACUCCGCAGUGGGCGGAAUGACAGCCAUGAAGAUGACCUUCUGGUGGACUGGUUCAAGCUUAUUCACGAGAAGCACAUGCUGGUCCGGCGGGAGUCAGAGCUCAUCUACGUCUUCAAGCAGCAGAACCUGGAGCAGCGCCAGGCCGACGUGGAGUAUGAGCUGCGGUGCCUUCUCAACAAGCCCGAUAAGGACUGGACGGAGGAAGACCGGGGACGGGAGAAGGUACUCAUGCAGGAGCUGGUGACCCUUAUUGAGCAGCGCAACGCCAUAGUGAACUGCUUGGAUGAAGACCGGCAGAGGGAAGAAGAGGAAGACAAAAUGUUGGAGGCCAUGAUCAGGAAGAAAGAGUUUCACAAAGAGGCAGAAGCCGGGAUGAAGAAGAAAGGCAAAUUUAAGACCAUGAAGGUGCUGAAGCUGCUGGGAACCAAGCAUGAUUCCAAGAGCAAGGCCCCCAAAGACAAGAGCUAAGAGCAGCGUGGCAACAUGCACCAGCUGACCGCCUCCACCUCUGCCUCCACCCAGCGGUGCCGACUUCCUCCCCACGUGGGCCGGGCUCUCCCUUCCCUGAGGGGGGGCUUCCAAGACCAGGCAGAGGACUUCGGGAAGGGGUCCCCAGGCAAUGCCUUCUCCCUUCUCCCUAUCCUCAGGCUGAGCUGGGCCAAAGAGCUCCCUCUUUCCCAUGGCUCUGGGUGCCAGGGAGUAUUUAUUCAGCGGUGUUUUUAUGGUUGUUGUUACUAUUAUUAUUAUUAUUAUUAUUAUUAUUAUUAUUAUUAUUAUUAUUGACUGAGCAGGCAAGGAACUGGGGUGCACCCUGUCCCACUUUACUCUGCCCCACCCCUACCCAGCCCCUCUCCUCCCCACUUCUAGAAAGGGUCAGGCUUCCCGUGAUUGAGGCGGUCGGUAGCAGCACCCCAGUGCCUCCAUGGCAGCAGAAGCAUGCCCCCCCCCCCACCGCAGAGGCUAUUUAUUAAAUGAUCAGAUGGGUUGAAGUUCAGUCCUGACCUGCAGACGGGGGCUGCCUCGGUUGGUCUCAUGGCAGACGGAAGAAUAGAAGGGGCUACCAGGAGAUUCCCUUCCCACAGUGCUAGAAGGCGACAGGAAGUGGUUCCUCGCAGGCAAUACCAAAAGCCCUCUCCCGUCUCUUGAUACCUUUUCAGUUCUUCCUGUACCAGACAGCUCCUGGCCAGAGUCCGGCUCUCGCCAAUACCUGUCACUUGGCUCCUAAUUAAGCACCCGUCUCCACGUGUCACAGCUGUAGUAGAUGGCUCGUUCCACUUCUUUAAGAGGAGGGGAGCUUCCAGAAUGGAUCCUUUGCAGAAGGGGAAGGGUCCCCUGUACUCCGAGAAGUUCCCAUCUUGUCCUGCUUAGCUCCUCCAGAGCCAACAUCUUCACUCCCCACAGCUGGGCUGGCCCAGUGACCUCUAGGGCCCUGCUGGCGCCCAUAGAGCUCAGCGAAAGGUCACACUGUGUUAUCUUGGGGGUGUCUUUUCCCCAGAAUAAAUGGAACCCAAUUAAAUUUGC